GAUAAAUUCUAUCCUACCCCAUAGGGUGAUCGAUUUGGGUCUAUAAAUGGGGUGAGAAAAUACAGAAAACUCCGCAACAACAACUUAUCCUUUUUAUAUCAUUUGUAUUUUCUGUAAGUUGGAGAGUGAUGGACAAAAUUGGAGUAGCGUUAUGGUUGAUCUUCAUUGUGAACCCUUUUAAAGGUGUCCAUAGUAAUACUGAAGUUGACUCUUUACAUAAACUUAAGCAAAGCUUAAAGGAUCCGAAUGGUGUAAUGUUGAGCUGGGACCCUUCACUUGUCAACCCUUGUACAUGGUUUCAUAUUGAUUGCAACAAUAAUUAUGCUGUUAUAAGGAUUAAUCUCGGAAACUCUGGUUUAAGUGGAACGUUGGUGCCGGAUCUUGGGAAUUUGAAAAGCUUGCAGUAUUUGUAUGUUACAAUAUGUUCAUGUUGUUUUCCGUCAUUGCUACCCUCUCAGUUUUUGGAGAGAAUGAUGGACAAAAUUGGAGUGGUGUUAUGGUUGAUCUUCAUUGUGAACCCUUUUAAAGGUGUCCAUAGUAAUACUGAAGGUGACUCCUUAUAUAAAGUUAGGCAAAGCUUAAAGGAUCCGAGAGGUGCAAUGUCGAGCUGGGACCCUACACUUGUCAAUCCUUGUACAUGGGAGCAUAUCACCUGCGUGAAUAAUGCUGUCACAAGAAUGUAA